ACUUUUUUCUUCAAGAUACAUGUCACAACACACUAAGAAACGAGGAACUUCCGUGCCUGUGGUAACAUCACUUGAUAAACAGACUCCCUGAACAGCGAGUGCCUGUCUGUCUUACGCUAUAUAAAGCAGCACUCGGUAGACUAACAGACACUCAGUCGUCGUGAGAAGACCAUGAGAGCUGCAGCCAUCUCCAUGCCAAGGUUGGACAAAAUGCCAGGAAUGUUCUUCUCUGCUAACCCAAAGGAUUCGAACGAACAUAGCCAUUCUCUUCUAGAUGACAAAAAGCAGAAAAAGAAGCCAAAGACUUUUGGAAUGGACGUGAAAGCAUACCUGAGAUCUAUGAUCCCACAUCUGGAAUCUGGGAUGAAAUCUUCCAAGUCCAAAGACAUACUUUCUGCUGAAGAUGUAGUGCAGUGGUCUCAGUCUCUGGAAAAACUCCUUGCCAACCAGACUGGUCAAAAUGUCUUUGGAAAAUUCCUAAAGUCUGAAUUCAGUGAAGAGAAUAUUGAAUUCUGGUUGGCUUGUGAAGAUUAUAAGAAAACAGAGGCUGAUCUUUUGCAUAACAAAGCAGAGAAUAUAUACAAAGCAUUUGUGCAUUCAGAUGCCGUGAAACAAAUCAAUAUUGACUUUCAUACUCGAGAAUCGACAGCCAAGAAGAUUAAAACACCAACUCCCACAUCCUUUGAUGAAGCACAAAAAGUCAUAUAUACACUUAUGGAAAAGGAUUCUUAUCCCAGGUUUCUGAAAUCAAAUAUUUACUUAAAUCUUCUAAAUGACCUUCAGGAGAAUACCUUAAAGUGAGUGGUUCCUGGCUGACAGGAAUUAAAAGAUGGUAUCAAGGACGGAAGGAAUGUGCCAGUGAGACUGCCUGCAGGACCAGCCUGACCUGCUUGGGUGACUCAGCAGGCCCAGUGGAAGUACAGAUGACUCAGAAUAGAUUAACACAAGGUCUCCAGGUAGAGACUUGAAGAAACACCAGCAAGAAGAAGAUGGCAAAGCAAAUGGAAGGAUGUAUUGUGGUAUUGUCACAAAAUACAAUGGGACUCUGUUAAAACAAAACUCCAAACUGGGAAGGUCAGCUGACUCGGGCAUCACAGAAACUGUGAAUAAUUUGUAUGAGACGGAUUACUAUGUGCUAUAGACUUCAAGGACACCAGAUGUGUAUGCUACAUGCUGUUGUGUAGAAUGUGUUGAACUCUUGCAAUCUCCUGCCCAUGGGUAAUCAAUCCAAAAGUAUAUAUCACCAAUAACAGUUGCUGUUAUUAACAUGAAGAAUUUUUUAUUUGUUUAUUUAAUUGUACUCGGCUUGGAGUUGAGGAAGACAUUUACAUAUUUAACCUAACUAUUUUUUAACCUAAGAAGUUAUAACACAUUUGUAAAUUAAAUUAUCAUGAUAUCAAUAAUAAAUGUGGACAUUAUAUUAAAAUAUAUAAAGAAAUAUUUUCAAUUUUAUUGCUAUUUUGAUUCUGGCAUUUUUUUACUCUGAUUAAAAAAAAUUGAAUGUGGUUACUGCACAUGUUAAACUUGAUGAGGGAAACCUCAUGAUGUCUCAACUUAACACAAAGAGUUAUAGGUACCUAAAGAAAGCUAAAAGUGAAAGAAAUACAGGAUAGGGCAGGAUAGUCUAUAGAUGAACACAGCAGGGAAGAACACAGCAACUGGUUAUCCAAUACCAAAGGACCAAAGGAUCAGCCCUGAAAACAUACAUACAAGCACCGUUAUACAGACUGAGCAUGUUGGGUUGACCUAAGUUUGGAAUGUGUAUAUAUGCACAUUUAUGUGUGUAACAACAAUUAAUGAAAAAGAAUGACAUUAGUUUGAGAUAGAGUAAGGGGACUAUAUCAGAGAUUUGAGAGAGGGACAGCAGACUAUUUUAUUUCUAUUGUAAUUUUAAAAAAAUAAAAAAAGUAAAAUUUGAAGUAA